UUUAUAUUGUAUGCGAUAUUUAACUGGUAGCCAGUGUAAAGAUGCCAGAAGUGGGCUUAUGUGUUCAUACUUCUUAGAAUGAUUAAGCACUCUUGCAGCGGCGUUUGAACGGCCAUCUGGUGGAAUUUUGUAAGAAGUGUUUAUUAUUUAACACGUCUGUUUGAAGAAGUAAAAAAAUGAGGAAAAACGAGUAUAACCUGCUGUCGAUCCGAGCACUGUAUGUAUUUCUCUUUCUUUGUCUUCAUACGGUAAAAUGGCAGAAGCCUCUAUUUCAGUAUCUCAGGAUCAGUUCAGCUGUUCAAUCUGUCUGGAUCUACUGAAGAAUCCAGUGGCCAUUCCUUGUGGACACAGUUACUGUAUGAGCUGUAUUACAGACUGCUGGGAUCAGGAUGAUAAGAAGAGAGACUACAGCUGCCCUCAGUGCAGACAGACCUUCACUACAAGACCUGUUUUAAAUAAAAACACAAUGCUGGCUGAAGUGGUGGAGAAACUGAAGAAGACUAAACUUCAAGAUGCUCGUCCUGAUCACUGUUAUGCUGAAUCUGGAGAUGUGGAGUGUGACGUCUGUACUGAGAGAAAACACAAAGCUGUCAAGUCCUGUCUGGUGUGUCUGAACUCUUACUGUCAAAAUCAUCUUGAACAACACGAGAAUUUAUUCAAAGGCAAGAGACACAACCUGAUAGACACCACUGGGCGACUUCAGCAGAUAUUCUGCCCACAACAUAAUAAACCCCUUGAGAUUUACUGUCAUACUGAUCAACUCUGUAUAUGUUAUCUGUGUAUGGUGGAUGAACACGAAAAUCACAUUACUAUAUCAGCUGAAGAAGAAAGGACAGAGAAACAGAAACAACUGAAGGAGACACAGAGAAAAUACCUGCAGAGAAUCCAGAAGAGUCAGAAGAAGCUUCAGGAGCUGAGAGAUGCUGUGAAGACUCAUAAGCGCUCUGCACAGACAGCAGUGGACAACACUGAGAGGAUCUUUACUCAACUGAUCCAAUCUAUUGAGAGAAGACGAUCUGAAGUGAAACAGCUGAUCAGAGAUCAGGAAAAGGCUGCAGUGAGUGAAGCUGAAGGACUCUUGAAGCGACUGGAGCAGGAGAUUGAUGAUCUGAGGAGGAGAGACGCUGAGCUGGAGCAGAUUUCACACACAGAUGAUCACAUCCAUUUCCUCCAGAGUUUCCAGUCUGUCACUGCUUCUCUUGGAUCUACAGAUUCACUCAACAUCACUGUCAGUUCUCUCCUCUCUUUUGAUGAUGUAAUAAAAUCUGUGUCUCAUCUGAGAGAGAAACUGGAGGAUUUCUGCAGAGAAGAAAUAGAUAAUAUAUCUGAUAGGGUGAAAGGCAUACAAUUUUUUCCUGUGCCUGCACACAAGACCAGGGAACAGUUUCUUCAAUAUUCUCACCAGCUGACACUGGAUUCAAACACGAUAAGUAAACAUCUCUGUCUGUCUGAAGGAAACAGAGUGAUAACUAACCCUGGCACCGUCCAGCCAUAUCCUGAUCAUCCAGAUAGAUUUGAUAUUAAUCAUCAGGUGUUGUGUAGUGAGAGUGUUAGUGGACGCUGUUACUGGGAGGUUGAGUGGAGUGGUUGGGUUGGUUUAUCAGUGUCAUAUAAGAGCAUCAAGAGGAAGGGAGGGGGUAAUAAGUGUGUGUUUGGGUGUAAUAAUCAGUCGUGGUGUUUGUACUUCUCUUACACUGGUUGCUCAUUCUGUCACAAUGAAAUUACAAUUGAACUCCCAGUAGUGUCCAGAUCUUCUAGAAUAGGAGUGUAUGUGGAUCACAGUGCAGGAUCUCUGUCCUUCUACAGCGUCUCUGACACAAUGACCCUCAUCCACAGAUUCCAGACCACAUUUAACCAACCUCUCUAUCCUGGGUUUUACAUUCAUAGAUCAAGUUCAAAAGUGAAAUUGUGUGCUUGAACAAAAUAAACGAGACUAUGAUAUCAUUAGCUAAUUCAUUUAUGUAAGUAUUUUAUCCAAAGGUUUGAACAUACAUACAAUUUAUCCUUAUUUCAUAUUUAAUAAUUUAUCACAAACUAGAUCUUUCAUGAGUAUGAGUUUAAAAGUGAAACUUUAUGAUUAAUUUCUUUUUCGCCUGUCUUUUGUGUAUUAAAUAUGAU